AUGCGUCCCGAAAUCGAGCAAGAGCUCGCCCAUACGCUCCUCGUCGAGCUUCUUGCCUAUCAAUUCGCCUCGCCCGUGCGGUGGAUCGAGACGCAAGAUGUCUUUCUCGCCGAGAAGACGGCUGAGCGGAUCGUCGAGAUUGGCCCCGCAGACACACUCGGCGUCAUGGCCAAGAGGACAUUGGCUGCAAAAUACGAAGCAUACGACGCUGCCAAGUCGGUCCAGAGGCAAAUCCUCUGCUAUAACAAGGACGCGAAGGAGAUCUACUACGAUGUCGAUCCGGUAGAAGAUGAGGCUGAGCCGGUUGCCGCCGAGGCCAGUGCUCUUGCUGCUGCUGGUAUCGCUGCUGCUCCAGUUGCUGCCGCGGCUCCUGCACCAAGUGCCGGGCCUGCUGCCCAGGUUCCAGACGCUCCUCUUUUGGCUGUCGAUAUUGUGAGGACCCUCGUUGCACAGAAGCUGAAGAAGCCACUUGGUGAUAUUCCAUUGAGCAAAGCAAUCAAGGACCUUGUUGGAGGUAAAUCAACUCUGCAGAACGAAAUCCUGGGAGACUUGGGCAAAGAGUUCGGGUCCACACCUGAGAAGCCCGAAGACACACCACUCGAUGAACUGGGUGCCUCAAUGCAGGCGACUUUCGACGGGAACCUAGGCAAAACCACCCAAGGCCUUAUCGCCCGUCUUAUUUCAUCCAAGAUGCCCGGCGGGUUCAACAUCACAACAGCGCGGAAAUACCUCGAGUCCCGGUGGGGAUUGGCCUCGGGCCGCCAAGAUGGCGCCCUCUUGCUAGCCAUCACUAUGGAGCCAGCAGGGCGCCUAGGCUCCGAAGCGGAAGCCAAGGCUUAUCUUGACGACGUCUCGCAAAAGUAUGCUGCAAACGCUGGCAUUAGCUUAUCGACCGCGGCCGCUGCUGGCCCUGCCGGUGGAGCUGGCGGCGGUAUGAUGAUGGACCCUGCUGCCAUUGAGGCCCUCACGAGCGACCAGAGGGCGCUUUUCAAGCAGCAACUGGAGAUUAUCGCGAGAUAUCUCAAGCUGGACAUUCGCGCCGGCGACAAGGCUUUCCAAGCGUCGCAGGAGUCCACCAAAGUACUUCAGACGCAGUUAGACCUAUGGACGACUGAGCACGGCGAUUUCUACGCCUCUGGGAUUGAGCCCGUCUUCAGCUCUCUCAAGGCCCGUGUUUACGACUCGUCUUGGAACUGGGUCCGUCAGGAUGCCUUGAGCAUGUACUUUGAUAUCAUUUUUGGCCGUCUCCAAGCUGUCGAUCGCGAGAUCGUGAGCCAGUGUAUCCGGAUCAUGAACCGGUCCAACCCUACCUUACUCGAGUUUAUGCAGUACCAUAUCGAUAACUGCCCGACUGAGCGCGGAGAGACAUACAAGCUCGCCAAGGAGCUGGGUGUGCAGCUGAUCGAGAACUGCAAGGACGUGCUUGCGGCCGAUCCCGUUUUCAAGGAUGUCGCCAUCCCUACCGGUCCCCGUACCACUAUUGAUGCCCGCGGCAACAUGAAGUACGAGGAGCUGCCCCGCGCGAGCUGCCGUAAGCUGGAGCACUAUGUCCAGCAGAUGGCUGAAGGUGGCAAGAUCUCGGAAUACGGCAACCGUACCAAGGUUCAGAACGACCUGUCCAAGAUCUACAAGCUUAUCAAGCAGCAGCACAAGCUUCCCAAGACGUCUCAGCUUGAGAUCAAGACGCUCUACGGCGACAUCAUCCGGUCGUUGGCCAUGAACGAGAGCCAGAUCAUCCCUAAGGACAACGGCAAGCCCAAUGCCGUUCCCAAGAAAGCCUCCAAGCCCAAGGGAAAGACGGAGACGAUUCCGUUCCUGCAUCUCCGCAAAAAGACUCAGCAUGGCUGGGACUACAGCAAGAGACUGACCAGUCUUUAUCUGGACUGCCUUGAACAAGCAGCCAAGGAUGGUGUUACCUUCGCUGGCAAAUAUGUGCUGAUGACGGGUGCCGGCGCCGGAUCCAUCGGUGCCGAUGUCCUCCAGGGUCUCAUAAGUGGCGGUGCCAAGGUCAUUGUUACCACCAGCCGUUUCUCACGUGAGGUCACUGAGUACUAUCAGUCCAUGUAUGCCCGGUUCGGCUCACGUGGCUCCCAGCUCGUGGUUGUUCCCUUCAACCAGGGCAGCGUGCAAGAUGUCAACGCCUUGGUCGACUACAUUUACGAUUCCAAAGCCGGCCUGGGCUGGGAUCUUGAUUAUAUUGUUCCUUUCGCUGCCAUUUCGGAGCAAGGCCGCCAGAUUGACGGCAUCGACUCCAAGUCUGAGUUGGCGCAUCGCAUCAUGUUGACCAACCUCAUCCGUCUUUUGGGCAACGUGAAGGCCCAAAAGGCCGCCCACGGCUUCGAGACCCGCCCUGCUCAGGUCAUCCUCCCCCUUUCACCCAACCACGGUACCUUUGGUAGCGACGGUCUGUACUCGGAGUCCAAGCUCGGACUGGAGACGCUCUUCAACCGGUGGUAUGCCGAGGACUGGGCCAACUACCUUACAAUCUGCGGUGCCAUCAUUGGCUGGACACGUGGUACUGGGCUCAUGUCUGGGAACAACAUCGUCGCCGAGGCAGUCGAGAACUUUGGGGUCCGCACCUUCUCCCAGCAGGAGAUGGCCUUCAAUCUGCUCGGCCUCAUGUCUCCGACUAUUGUGGAUCUUUGCCAGAAUGAGCCCGUGUUUGCGGACUUGAACGGUGGUCUCCAAUUCAUCACCAACCUCAAUGAGACCAUGACCAACCAGCGCAAGACCCUCAUGGAGACUAGCGAGAUUCGCAGAGCCGUCACCAAGGAGACUUCGGCGGAGAACAAGAUCAUCAACGGCGAGGACUCGGAAAUGCUCUAUAAGAAGAAGGUCAUCGAGCCGCGUGCGAACAUCAAGUUCGAGUUCCCCAGCCUUCCAGACUGGAAGGCAGACAUCGCCCCGCUGAACGACAAGCUCAAAGGGAUGGUCGAUCUCGAGAAGAUUGUUGUAGUGACAGGCUUUGCCGAGGUCGGCCCCUGGGGCAACUCGCGGACGCGCUGGGAGAUGGAGGCUCACGGCGAGUUCUCGCUCGAGGGCUGCAUCGAGAUGGCCUGGAUCAUGGGUCUCAUCAAGAAUCACAACGGGCCAAUCAAGGGCCAACCGUACUCUGGAUGGGUCGACGUUAAGACGGGCGAGCCUGUUGAUGACAAGGACAUCAAGCCAAAGUACGAGAAGUUUAUUCUGGAGCAUUCCGGUAUCCGCCUUAUCGAACCCGAGCUGUUUGGAGGAUACGACCCCAACAAGAAGCAGCUGCUUCACGAGGUUGUUAUUCAGGAAGAUCUCGACCCCUUUGAGUCAUCCAAGGACACGGCAGAGGAGUUCAAGCGCGAACACGGCGACAAGGUGGAAAUCUUCGAGAUCCCCGAGACUGGCCAGUACACUGUGCGCAUGAAGAAGGGCGCAUCCAUGUGGAUCCCCAAGGCGCUGAGAUUUGACCGCCUUGUUGCGGGCCAGGUUCCCACUGGCUGGAAUGCCAAGAAUUAUGGUGUCCCCGACGAUAUUAUUUCCCAGGUCGACCCGGUAGCCCUGUUUGUUCUCGUCUCGACAGUCGAGGCUCUUCUCUCGGCCGGUAUCACAGAUCCCUACGAGUUCUACAAGUAUGUCCAUGUCUCCGAGGUGGGCAACUGCGUGGGCUCCGGCAUGGGCGGCGCAGCUGCUCUCCGGGGAAUGCACCGCGAUAGAUUCCUCGACAAGCCUCUCCAGAACGACAUUCUCCAAGAGUCCUUCAUCAACACCAUGUCGGCUUGGGUGAACAUGUUGCUCAUCUCAUCGUCUGGCCCAAUCAAGACGCCAGUUGGUGCCUGCGCUACCGCUGUGGAGUCUGUCGAUAUUGGCUACGAGACCAUCAUGGAUGGCAAGGCUCGCAUCUGCUUCGUCGGCGGCUUCGACGACUUUGGCGAGGAGGGCUCGUAUGAGUUCGCCAACAUGAAGGCCACCAGUAACGCCGUCGACGAGUUCGCCCACGGGCGCACUCCCAAGGAGAUGUCUAGACCGACCACCACCACCCGAAACGGAUUUAUGGAGUCCCAGGGGUGUGGUGUGCAGGUCAUUAUGACUGCCAAGCUUGCUCUCGACAUGGGCGUCCCCAUCUAUGGUAUUCUUGCCCUGACGACGACUGCUUCGGACAAGAUUGGGCGGUCUGUUCCAGCGCCCGGCCAAGGUGUGCUCACCACGGCACGCGAGCACCCCGGCAAGUUCCCUUCGCCUUUGCUCGACAUCAACUAUAGAAGGCGACAGAUUGAGCGUCGUACGAAGCAGAUCGAGGACGACAAGGAAGCUGAGCUCCAGUACCUUGCGGCCGAGGUCGAGGCGCUCAAGGCCGAGGGCCGCUCGCAGACGGAGGUGGCCGAGUACAUCGCGGACCGUGCCAGGCACGUCGAGAAGGAGGCAGAGCGGCAAGUCAAGGAGGUGCUCCGCAGCUUUGGCAACAACUUUUGGAAGGGUGACGCGAGCAUUGCUCCUCUGCGCGGUGCGCUGGCCACGUGGGGUCUCACGAUUGACGAUCUCGGGGUUGCGUCGUUCCACGGAACGUCGACAAAGGCCAACGACAAGAACGAGUCGUCUGUGAUUUGCCAACAGCUCGAGCAUCUGGGCCGUAAGAAGGGCAAUACCAUUUUGGGUAUCUUCCAGAAGUACCUCACAGGCCACCCCAAGGGCGCUGCCGGUGCGUGGAUGAUGAACGGCUGCCUGCAAGUGCUCAACACUGGCCUUGUGCCUGGCAACCGCAAUGCCGACAAUAUCGACGAGGUCAUGGAGCAGUACGAAUAUAUUGUCUACCCGAGCCGGACGCUGCAGACGGAUGGCAUCAAGGCCUUCUCGGUCACGUCGUUUGGUUUCGGACAGAAGGGCGCGCAGGCCAUCGGCGUGCACCCCAACUACCUGUACGCGACGCUGGACGAGCAGACGUUCAACAAGUACCGGGUCAAAGUGGAGGCGCGGCAGAAGAAGGCGUACCGCUACACACACAACGGCAUGAUCAACAACACGCUGUUCGUUGCCAAGGAUCACUCGCCGUACACGGACGAGCAGCUCAGCUCGGUCCUACUAAACCCGGAUGCGCGCGUGACCGAGGACAAGAAGAGCGGGGAGCUCAAGUUUCCGACCGACUUCAUGAAGCUGUCGGAGAAGACUUCUACUGGCGCGCAGAACAAUGAGACGCUUGCGACUGUAAUGGGGCGGGAAGCGCGCAGGCUGGAGACGAUGACGACCAGGGUGGGCUUUGACGUGGAGGAAAUUUCGUCGGUCAAUUCCGACAACGAUACGUUCCUGGAGCGCAACUUUACAGAGGGCGAGAUGAAGUACUGCCUGGCGUCGGGGACAGGGCGGUCGCCGCAAAAGGCGUUUGCCGGUCGUUGGACGGCAAAGGAGGCCGUGUUUAAGUCGUUGGGCGUGGCGAGCAAGGGUGCUGGCGCUGCGGUGAAGGACAUUGAGAUUCUGUCGGACAAGAACGGGCAGCCGAUUGUCAAGCUGCAUGGAAGCGCCUUGGGGGCAGCAAAGAAGGCUGGCGUCAAGGGUGUGAGCGUGUCGAUCUCGUACACGGACACGCACGCUGCUGCCAUUGCGACGGCGCAACUCUGA